AUGUCCGUAAUUAACAUCAAAAUCAAAUCGUCGGGCGACAAAAAGUACGACGUCGAAGUCGACACCGACUCCUCUAUCGCCGAUCUAAAAGUCAUCAUUGCUGCUGCGCUGGAUAUUGCUCCAGAGUGUCAACGUCUUAUCUAUUCCGGUAAAGUGCUCAAGGAUGUCGAAACAGUAGCUUCUUACAAGAUCCAAGAUGGCCAUAGUGUUCAUUUGGUCAAGAGUAUGCAAAAGGCCGGUGGUGCCGCUGCUGCUGCUGCUACUUCUACAAGCAACGUGGGUGCCGCAAGUGGUGGAAACAGUGGAAACAGUGGAAGCAGUGCCAGUGGCGGUAAUUCUGGCAGUGGAGCUGUUUCUGGAGGUGCGGCUACAGGAAUUCCAUCCAAUAUCUCUGCUGGUCAAGGCUCCUACAACCCAUUGGCCGACUUGACCGGCGCAAGAUAUGCGGGUUAUGCGCAAUUGCCCUCCGCCUCUAUGUUUGGCCCCGACGGUGGAAUGGGUGCCUUCCAGGACCCUGAACAGCUUGAGCAGCUCCUUCUGCUGCCCCAAUUCCAGGAGCAGAUGAACGCAUUGAUGCUGAAUCCCCAGAUGAUGGACAUGUUGCUUAGUCAGAACCCACAAUUGCGCGACAUGAGCCCCGAGGCACGCCAGAUGUUGCAACCUAUGUUCCGUGAGAUGAUGUCGAAUCCAGAGAGUUUGCGCUCUAUCAUUAGUCUCAAUCGUGCCAUGAGCGGUGCUGGCGGUGCCGGUCUUGGUGGCCCUGGCUCUUUCCCUGCUCCCGGUAAUCCUUCUGGCGAAACAGACGCUUCUACUGGCUCUCAAGACGCUUCCGGUGCUUCUUCUGGUGCUCCUCCUAGCGCAUUCCCUGGUUUGCCCGGAUUUGGGCAAGGAGCUGGCGCAAACCCGUUCGCAAACUUCUGGGGACCAGCAGGUAACCCUGCUACUACUGCAGCAGCCGAUAACAGACCACCUGAAGAGAGAUACGAGGACCAAUUGCGCCAGCUCAACGAGAUGGGCUUCGCAGACUUCGACAUGAAUGUGGCAGCAUUGCGCCGUUGUGGUGGAAAUGUCCAGGGUGCAAUUGAGUACUUGUUGUCCUUGAGCAACUUCUAG